AUGGCCGCCGUUAGCAGCUCGUCGGAGACCGGAGGCGGCAGCGCCACCGGAAAGAGAGAGAUCAUGCUGUUCGGAUUCAGAGUUGUGGUUGAUCCGAUGAGGAAGUGUGUGAGUUUGAACAAUCUGUCUGAUUACGAGAAGUCUUCGCCGGAGGACGAGACGAUGAUCCCUAAGAUCGGAAAUGGAGAUGUAGAAGAUAAGAACGAAGCCGAUGUGAUGAUGAUAGCUCCCGCCGGUUACGCCUCCGCCAAUGAAGCUGUCCAGAUUUCGUCGUCUUCUCGCGAGAGGAAACGAGGAAUUCCAUGGACGGAGAAUGAGCACAAGAGGUUCUUGCUUGGAUUGCAGAAAGUAGGGAAAGGAGAUUGGAAAGGAAUAUCGAAGAACUUUGUCAAGAGCAGGACGCCUACUCAAGUAGCUAGUCACGCUCAGAAAUACUUCCUCCGGCGAUCCAACCUUAAUCGUCGCCGGAGAAGAUCUAGCCUUUUCGACAUCACUACCGAGACGGUCACAGAAAUGCCCAUGGAGCAAGAUCAGGCUCAGGACAACUCAUCACUACCUGAGACUAACAUCAGAGUUGCAAUGCGGGCAAGAACUGAGAACAGACCACAACAGACCUCAGAUCUUGUCAACGUGGUACCAGUGACCUUCCAAGCAAAUCCUGGAUUCAAUCUAAACGCGGAUGCUGCAAUUCCUGCUCAGCUUUCUCUCGACCUUUCUCUGUCCUCCUCAUUUGAUCUUAACGAGCAAUCAUCCAACUCAAGAUAUUCAGGUUUCGGUAUGAUGCCAAGCUUCAGUGAUGGAGAUAGCAAUAGUAGCAUCAUCAGAGUUGCUUAG